CAAGAUCGUAUCAUAUCAUAACCAACGAGUACAUGACCCGAUCGUGUGAAGUGUGAAACGUAAUCAUGCAAAGUGUUAUCGCUUCUUUAUUGUUUUUGUUUAUUGCUAAAGUCAGUGCACGGUCGAUAUCCAACGAUCAUACACUUUUCGAUAGUAACUUCAAAGCGAAACUAAUCGCGGAAGAAUCACGAAACUAUGUUGGAGGCAACCUAGUAUUAAAUGAAGACGAACAGAAAGUAAACGAUAUUUUAAUGAAGUACAAGUUAGAAGAAAUUGACGAUUCGUUCCACAAUCCCCAGUAUUUUAAUUUCUCUAAACAUUAUUUUACGUAUAAAAAUGAUAUCGAUAAAUCUUCAGUGUAUCAAAUUAUUAAGAAGAUGCCCAAAGGAGCGGCGUUACAUAUACACAGCUCAUUGAUGCUCCACUCUGAUGACAUGCUGCUGCUGACGUAUGAAGACCAUUUGUACGCUUGUUAUACUGGUGACAAAUUAGAUCUGCAAUUCUCCGAGAACACCCCUGCGCGACCUUGUCCAAUUAAAUGGACUCUUCUCAGUGAACUUCGCAAUGCAUCGGAUAAUGUUCAACGUUUUGAUGAUGAAUUAAGAAAAUUCUUUACGCUUUACUCUAAAGACGAAAACGUUUAUAACGCGGAUAUUGAUUAUUCAUGGCAACGAUUUAAUACUGUGUAUAGAGUCAUAAAAUCUGUAAUAUCGUAUAGACCUGCGCGUGAAAAAUUUAUUUACAUGACUUUAAAGAGAUUCUAUGACGAUAAUGUUAUGUAUGUGGAAAUAAGAAGUGGAUUGCAUAAUUUGUAUGAACUGGAUGGAACGAUACAUGACAAGAUAUAUUUGGCGGAAUUAUACCAACAAGUCACAGAGAAAUUUAUAAUGGAACACCCAGAUUUUCUUGGUAUUAAGUUUAUUUUAACAAACGGCCGGUCAGUUGAUAUUAAAAAAAUUCAAGAAACAUUACUAUUCGCUCGCAAAUUUAAAAACGAUAUGCCGGAGAUAUUUGCUGGCUUCGAUUUAGUUGGACAAGAAGAUAAGGGGAAAAGAUUAUCGGAAUUUAUGCCAGCUUUAGUUGAAGCAAAAGGCAACAUAAAUUACUAUUUUCAUGCUGGAGAAACUAAUUGGCUCGGAACAACAACUGAUGAAAAUUUAUUUGACGCUAUUGCCUUAGGAACCAAAAGAAUAGGACAUGGGUAUGCGUUGAUUAAACACCCCUCUUUGUUAGCUCAUGUUCUAAAUAAUGAUAUAGCGUUGGAAGUGAAUGUGAUAUCAAACGUCGUGCUAUCAUUAGUUCAUGAUGUAAGAAACCAUCCUUUAGCUACAUACCUAGCUCUCGGUGUACCUGUUGUGAUAUCUAGUGACGACCCUGGGGCUUGGGACUCAGAUCCCUUAUCUCAUGAUUUUUACGUGACUUUUGUUGGAGUAGCAAGCAGAAAUGCUGACCUACGACUACUUAAACAAUUAGCUCUAAAUUCUAUAAAAUAUAGUUCAUUAGAUACAGCCAGAAAAGUUCGUUUAUAUGAAAUUUUUGAAAAGCGUUGGAAAAUAUUUUUAUCAAACGUUAUUGAAAAGUGUGGAUAAAGAUCAAAUAAAUGGCAUGAUGUUAUAUGUAUAUAGAAAUAGUUUGACUGAAUGAAUUUGUUUUAAAUAAUAUCAAAUACGAGUAUAGCAUUUGUAGGUAAAUAGCGAGAAAAUGGUGUGUGGCGAAUUCUAAUCCUUGUAAGUAAGAACUUAUUUUAAUUUUCUUUGUUUUAAAGACUAUUAUUAUUUGCUCUGUCUUUUCCGUAAGGGAUAAAGACGUGAUAAUGUGAAUUUAUGUGUGUAUUUUAAUUAGGAACCUAAAUAUAGCUUAUUACAUUGAAAUUAAGAGUUGAAAAAACGCUAUUUAAAAUAAUACUACUUGUUUAGGUAUGCUUGAUUGCUUAUAUGAGUUCUAUUUUUAAUAGAACCAAAUUUUAAGUCAAAGCUAGCACGCAAACAAAACAAAUGCCUAACUAUAAGUUGCAGGUAUCGGAAAUGUAUGAAUUAACUAAACUUUUUUUUUUAUUAUGUAUUAAUUUUCUUCAAUGAUGUAACUACUUUUAAUAAUA